AUGUCGCUUCCAGCGCGACUAUUCCUCCUUGUUCUUAGCCUGCCUCUCUGCUUUGCAUCACAAAUUUCCAGAGGAUCAUACGGCAGUGCUGGUGAGCAUGCCGGUUAUGGACACGAUGAAGCGCACCACCACGGUGGAUACUAUGACACUGCACACCAUGCUCAUGGCCACGAAAGCGACGGAUUUUCUGAAGGAGAUAAAAUUAUGCUAGCGGCGGUGAUUCGGGUGAUCACAGUUCAGGUGCUCACCAUGAAAACGAUGCAAGCAAAUACGCUGGAUCUUCUAGUGAUUAUGGAAGAGACACAAAAACGAAGUCAUAUGGCUUCUUCGACUACAAGUACGUGCAGCCACAGUAUCCACGUCGAGAAGUUUCACUCGGACGAAAAACACGCAAAAAAAUAUGGAUCCGAUUCUCACGCAUCUGGUGCGCAAGAGCAUUCCGAUGGUGAUCACUACAGUAAAGGGCAUGAUGCCUAUCACGAUAGCCAUGGGGCACAUGGGGCGCACCACGGAACUUUCAGUCAUGGAGAAGGUGGCCACGGAUUCAGCAAAAAAGGUCAUCAGUCUGGAUACGGGGGCGAAAAAGGUGGCCAUUAUGAUUAUGGUCAUAAUGGACACGGUGACGAAUACAGCCAAUACUAUCAUGCUCCUCAUCAUGACAAAGAUUCGUACGAACACGAUGCCUAUAACGGGCAUGGGAGGCAUGAGGAUUAUGGCAAUGAGCACCAUGAUCGUCCACCCUUAUUAUGGAUAUGA